AUGUUAGCAAUAUUCUUAUGUACGUAAGUUUACUAUCUUAAAUUGUAGUUAUUAUAUUAGAGAACUCUAUUUAUGCUAUGAAUCUUAGCAAGAGGGAAACUCAAAAAUAUUAAUAAUAAGUCAAUCGCAUUGAAAAACGAUAAAUUGGAUCUUUGAUUAUUUCUAUGAUAUAAUUAGAUUAGCCAUAAAUAAAUUAGUUGAUUGAAUAAUCUAUAGAAGAUUUUGAAUUAGAAUAUUCAACUCUCUAGGAUUUUCACAUUAGUAGGAAGACAUAAAUUUAUUAAUCUAUGCAGUAAUUGAAAGCACAACUCUUAGACUUAGAUUUGUUAUAAUCAUCUUUUAUUGAUGGACCAUAAGAGAAAGAAAGGGAAUUCCAUGAAUAAAAAAUAGUACGACUUAAUCAACUAAUAAAUCAAAAUUACAAAAUGAUUGAUUAAAAAGAAGUUUAAUUAAUAAAAAUGUAGAACAGGUAUACUAUAUUUGUUAAUAAUUAUAGUUUAAGUUCAUUAAUUGAUGAAUAUGAUAUAAAUAUCAACUAAAUAGAUUAAAUGCUUUAAACAAUAGAUUCUAUUUUAUAUGAUGAAGAGAAAGUAGGCAUUAAAUUUUUCUAAAAAAGAGGUAGGGUUAAUGAGAUAAUUGAAAAUUUUGGAAAAUCUACCAUUAAAAAUAUCAAAUUAGAUUUACCAAUGCUAAAACAAGUAAUACAAAUAGGAAUAAAAAAUAAUUUUGCAGAGAAAUAAACUUAUAAAUAAGUAUAUAUAUAUAUAUAAUCAAAAAUUAGGUUUAAGAACUCUUAAUUUCUUUAAGAAACAAAUUAGUUGGAGAACUAAAUAGUCUAAAUACUGAUAAAAUUGAUUAGCUUGAAUUAAAUAUUAAUGAAUUAAAGAAUGAAACUCUAAAAUUGAAAAGUUAAUUACUAGAAUCAACUUAGAAAUUACAAAUUGAAAAUAGAGACAUUAGUGCAAUAACAGAUUCUAAGAAGAGAAUUGAAUAGGAACUUAUAAUUCUUGAUGAGGAUUUAAGAUUAGAGAAUGAAUUAUUUAAUUAGAAAGAAACAUUUUUAAUAGAAGAAGUUAAUGAAUUGAUGGAAAUUGAACAGCUUUUGAAAAAUAGAGAAUUUAUUUAAUACAUUCAAGAUUAAGAAUAAUUAUGA